UCAAAGGUCGGGGGUCCAGUGACCAUGAGGCAGGCUGUGGAGGCUCAGGUGUUAAACCCCCACUGUGAGCUAGGAGAACACGGCCUGCGUCAGAUCCUGACGGAUGUGAUCGAGGAGGUGAGGAAGUCUGUGAAUCAGGACAUCGAUGGAGCGGAGAUCCUCCACAGUCUGAAAGCCCCCUGGCUGCUCUCACUGAUCAAGGUUUACGAGUGUCUCCAAACGUUCCUGAGUGAUUCCCCAGCUCCGGCUCUGGACUACGCUUCAGGACUCUCACUCCAGUUGCUGAUUGACAUCAGAUCGUUGCCGGGCUGCUCUGAAGAGGCCAAAGAGCUUUACCUUCUCCUGAGACAGCCUCACCUGCAGGCUCUGCUCUCGGCUCAUGAUACGGUGGCCCAGAAGGACUACGAGCCGGUUCUGCCUCCGAUGCCCGACGAGCUGCCGGAGGAAGAGGAGGCCACCAGGACCGUCUGCCUGGUGAAGAACAAACAGCCUCUGGGAGCGACAAUAAAAAGAAACGAGAACACGGGGGAGAUUUUCAUCGCCCGGGUGAUUCACGGAGGUCUGGCUGAUCGCAGUGGGUUGCUGCAUGCAGGGGACAGGAUCAUAGAGGUGAACGGGUUCCCUGUCGACGGGAUGGAGCCAGAGCAAGUCAUCCAAGUUGUGCAAGUGAGAGCGCAGGGCACCAUCGUGUUUAAAGUCGUGCCCAUCACAGAGAGGCAGGUCCACAACCAGACCAUGCUGUACGUGCGGGCCAUGGCGGACUACAGCCCGGAGCAGGACCCCUCCAUCCCCUGCGCCGACGCCGGGAUGACCUUCAAGAAGGGGGACGUUCUGGAGGUGGUGAAUCAGACCGACGCCCUCUGGUGGCAGGCCAAGAAACUGCCCGACAACUCCUCCUGCGCCGGGCUCAUCCCCUCCACCAACCUGCUCAAACGGUGGGGUCAUGAGGUCUUUCUUUUUCUCUCAGGUCCGUCUGGUGUGGGGGUGAAUGAACUUCGGAGGCGCUUGAUUGAAAUUAACCCGAAAAUCUUCCAGGGAGCGGUACCUCACACUUCAAGAGCACCCAGAGAAUACGAGGAGUCCGGCAGAGAAUAUAAUUUCAUCAGCCGAGAAAUCUUCUACAACAUGAUUCAAAACAACAGGUUUCUGGAGUACGGCGAGUACAGAGGAAGUCUGUACGGCACCAGCGUGGAGUCUGUGAGGGGGGUCUUAAACAGCGGGAAGAUCUGCGUCAUGGACAUAGAGCCAAAUGCCAUCCCGGCAGUGAGGACCCACGAGCUGAAGGCCUACAUCAUCUACGUGAAGCCUCCCCCCCACGAGCGCCUCAAGGAGACCAGGCGGGGGGCGCACGUCACCACCAACUACUACGUCAACCGGCCGUUCAAAGAUGAAGACUUCCAGGAGAUUGAAGAAUCCGCCCGUAAGAUCGAGUCUCAGUUCUGCCAGUUCUUUGACCACGUGAUCGUUAACGACGAGCUGCAGGACUCGUGCGUCCAGAUGCUGACGGCGGUGAGGAAGGCGCAGGACGAGCCGCAGUGGGUCCCCGCCAGCUGGAUACGACCCACCAGCACGUAAGGGUGGAGGUGGAGGCGAGGGGGACCAGAGAAAUGGGACCACCGAACCAUGACAAAAAUCGUAAUUUAAAUCUA